UUUGCGGGAAAGUCGAAUUAUAAAUGUUGGCAACGUCAGUGUUUUAAAGCGCCAAGAAGCCAAUGCAACUCGUUCGGCAGACGACAACUUUGUACUCGACUCGGUUUUCCACUCGUGGAAAAUACGUAUUAUUUAAAUUAAAAUGGAUCAAAAUGACAGUUUAAUCGUAAAAACGAUAUCUAAGAAAAGACAGAUCAUGGAAGUUCAAAAACAAAAACCCUGGCUUGUGUGUAAUCUCUUUGGGGCACUCAUUCUAUCUUACUAUCUGCAUUUUGAACAAGAGUGUUAUGAGCUGACGUCCACAUUUCUUUGGUAUUCCAUAUUGGUAGUUUGCCUCAUCUUGGUAUUGAAUUUUACCACUGGAAUCUACUUCUAUGUGAAAAGGACAAAAUUUGAUCCCCCUGUAAUUCUGAGUCCUCAACAAAAGAAGCUUUUGGGUGUGAGAAAUGAUGAAAUUGGAUUUGUGACAUCAACACCCGCUUGCUCACCCAUUACCAAAAGGACACCCUUGAUUCCCUACAUUCCUGUUGGGUCAUCACCUACAGUAUCAGCAGCAAAAUUUCAACAAGCAGUAAACCAGUCUGCUGGCAAUUCUUCAUUGCAAUUUCAAAAAGGAAGUAGUAGCUCAGUAUUGUAUACAUCCCAAAACUGGGAUCUUGAAGAUGAACUCUAUGAAGAAGAUUCUUUCAUGAAAAUGUGUAAAAGUGUUGAAAGAGAAGAACUUCAAACAAGUAGAGUCCAAGGCCAGGAUGCCACUGGUAUGAGCACAACGGCAUCCUCGUGGCAUUAUUCACCAUCUGCAUCAGGAAUAGCGGAUUUUUCGCCACUACUAAAAAAGUAUUCUUACCAGCUGUCGUUUACAGUACCUACCACUGGAACCAGCGGAGUAGACGAAAAUGCCAGCACCAAAUCUCCUGCCAAAAUUAAAGGUCGCGAUGUAUGGCAACAAUUAGGAAUUUCUGAUUCUCAACUUCUCGAAUAUAACGAACAAUUUCGGUUGUGGCUUUCUUCUACUGUACUUCAACCAUUAGUUGCUGAAAUUCAGCGAAUUAAUGAGUCCUUGACGGCCCAUGGGUUAGCUGACGCUAGAAUAGGAGAAUCCAGCCUGGAGAAAUUGCGUAAAACUUGCCAGCUGGCUCCCGUGUCCGCUAAUAUACCAUCACUUGUAGAAGUCCUUCCAUAUCUUGAAGUGACUUCACACCAAGAUUAUCUUUUUCGCUGUCUUAAUCGUAAGUGUGCCGUUAGACAAGAAAGACGAGCCGAAGCCAGAACUAAAUAUUCCCUUACAAACUUAAAAGGGCUUGCCUCAGGAGGAUGCUUGGGUAAUUUUCGCUGGGAUGGAGGCACUAAACGAAAAGAUGUGGAUGACAGUACGCCAACGGAUAGCGCUGUAAUAAUGCAUUGCUUGGCUACGUACCUCGACAGCCAACUUCCGGCUUUCACGGAUCGCCCAGAUAGACGACCUUUUACGGGACAGUAUCUCGUAAAAUGCCCUGAAAAGCCUCAGCCCACAUCAAAUCCGCAAAUAGUUGAAGUUCAACUUAACCCACCUCACUAUAAACUUGUCAUGGGGCCGGAUGAGUAUGAACUUCCAAAGGGCCGAAACAAUAUGCUGCAUUCAGUGAUACUUUUCUUUUGGUUAAUCAAGACAAAAUUUGAAGGGCGUAUCGGGCGAAUUACUUUAGGUGAAGCAGGACUCAAUUUGCUGUGGAUUUUCAACUGAAUGUUCAUAAUAUCGUAUGUUCAUAAAAAAAUUGACAAACUUAAAAAGAAAAGGACUAAAGUGAAACUGUUGAUUAAUUUUUCAAUAAAAUCCUUCCCAGUU